AUGACCUCCACGAACGAGCAACUUGCGGAGAUUUCGCGUCUCCAACACCCGAAGCUCUCUCAGGCAGUUCACCGCGAAGAGUGCACUCAAUGUUUUGACAAUCAGGACAGUCCACUGGGCAUCGAUGUCUGUUUGAUUUGCUUCAACGGGGGAUGUCUGAGUGCGGAAAGACACCACGCGAGAACGCACGCCCAAAAGACUGGCCAUCUGUAUACCUUAAACGUCAAGCGCAAGCGCAAGCCGUCUGUCCAGCGUGAAGAUGGUCAAGAACCACCGACGAAAAUAACCAAGCUUGCCAUCGUCGAAGAUCGUGAAGAAGACAGAUACGAGCAUAUAACCACCCUGAAGAAUUGGAGGACCGAUCCUCAGAACGGCGCUCCAGUUCAUCCCGACGUCGGUGCACUCGCAAAGUCUGUCAUUGACGGAGUGAUGAAAUCAAUGUCAUCCGCCCGCCAAUCCGAAGUCAAAGCUUGGGAGGAAGAGAUUCUCCCUUGCGAGCAUACGCUUACCCUUGAACAGCUGGUCACGGGCCCAAUCCCUGCCUCCGGUCUCGCACAUUGCGCGAAGUGUACCUUGAACGAGAACCUUUGGCUUUGCCUCACCUGCGGCUCACUGGGAUGCGGUCGGCAGCAAUUCGGCGGCUUUGGCGGUAACGGACAUGGCCUCAGCCACUAUGAGGAAACCAGACAUCCUGUUAGCGUGAAGCUGGGAACCAUCACUCCCGAGGGUGAAGCUGAUAUAUACUGCUACGCGUGUAACGACUCAAAACUGGACCCCGCGCUUGUGCAUCACCUUUCCAACUUUGGGAUCAACAUCCAGGCGCAAACGAAGACAGAAAAAUCCAUGACCGAACUUCAAAUCGAACAUAACCUGAAGUUUGACUUUUCGCUGACCGACGAGUCUGGGAAGGCGCUCGAGCCCGUAUUUGGUCCAGGGCUCACGGGUCUGGCAAACUUGGGCAACAGCUGCUACAUGGCGUCCGUCCUUCAAACUUUAUUUUCGCUAUCUCCUUUCCAAGACCGUUAUUUCACCACGGCACCGAAACAUUGGGAUACCUGCUCGGAGCCUCUGCCCGCCGCUUGCCUCGAUUGCCAGAUGCACAAAAUCGCCGACGGGCUGCUCUCGGGCCGCUACUCGCACCCUCGCACGUUCUCUUCCCAGGCCCCGCUGCCCGCGGGAGCCAAAGCCUCCGACGCUGAGUCCCCGACGCCUGUAUUCCAAGAAGGCCUGCGCCCCGCGCUGUUCAAGGCGCUCAUCGGCAAGGGCCACGAGGAGUUCGCGACGAUGAGGCAGCAGGACUCGGAGGAGUUCUUCUCGCAUCUGCUCACGACGCUGCGGCGCCACACGCAGAGGGCCCGCCCGUCUGCGUCCGCCGAGCCGACCGAGAUUUUCUCGUUCGGCAUGGAGCAGCGGUUGCAGUGCACCGAGUGCCGGGGCGUGCGGUACAGGGUCGACAGCCAGGACGUGCUGAGCAUCCCUGUGCCGCCGAGAGAGAAGGGCAAGGAUGCAGACGGAAGAGCACAGUACGAGGAGGUCCUUAUCGGCGAAUGCCUAGAUGCUGUGACCGGCCCAGAGGCCUUGGAGUACAAGUGUCCCCGAUGCCAAAAGCAGGUCGUCGCGACCAAGCAGUCGAGGUUCUCCACGUUCCCGCAGACACUGGUCCUGCACGCCAAGAAGUUCCAGCUUGUGAAUUGGGUGCCGACCAAACUUGACAUCCCCCUCGUGCUCCCCUCCGACGAUAUCCUCCAGCUCGACCAAUUCCUCGGCCAGGGUUUGCAGCCCGACGAGAGCGCGCUCCCCGAGGACAAGUUAGAGGCGCCCGGGCUGCCCGCCUUCAACGAGGCCGCGCUGUCCCAGCUCGAGGCAAUGGGCUUUCCGACCCUCCGCUGCCACAAAGCGCUGCUCGCGACCGGCAACACCGACGCCGACACCGCCAUGGAGUGGCUCUUCGCGCACAUGGACGAUCCCGACAUCGACGCGCCGAUCGUGAUCGGCAAUGCGGGAGGCGCAGGCGCAAGCGUCAGCGCCGGACCCGAGCCGAGCGCGGAGCAGAUCAGCAUGCUCGUUGACAUGGGCUUCACGCCCGCCCAAGCGCGCAAGGCCCUGCGCGAGACGAACGCGGACCCUGAGCGCGCCGUCGAGUGGCUCUUCUCGCACCCCGAGGACACGGGCGAAGACGCCGCACCCGCCGCUGCACCCGCCAACGCCACCUCGCCCGCGUCCACGGCGGCUGGGCCUGGUGGCACGCGCGCGCUCCCGGCGCGCUACGUCCUCAAGGCGUUCGUGUCGCACAAGGGCCCGUCGGUGCACUCCGGGCACUACGUCGCGCACGUGCGCGUGCGCAGCGCGGACGGGGACGACCGGUGGGUGCUGUUCAACGACGAGAAGGUCGUCGCGGCCGACGCGGAGAGCGUGCGGGAGCUCAAGGCGCUGGCGUACCUGUACGUCUUCGAGCGCGUCUGAAGGGAAGCGCGGGGAAGCACGAGGCUGAGGCGUCAUGAGACGCGGAACACGGGCGUAUGGGGAAGGCGAAUCAGCGGAUCGGGAUCGAUUGUACGAUAAGUAGGCUACAGUUUGCGGUUGGGGAUCGAUGUUACAGCGCGCCGCGGCGUCGAAAUGUACUACGUGGGGUACCGUCGGGCCCUCGAGGCGAGGCGACUGCAGAUGAAUGAUCUGGCGAUCGCACUUGAUUAACACGUAGAGUUCACGAAGCAGGCAGAUGUGUGCCAUGGUUGGAAGGAUGUAUGUAAAGAACAGAUUGUAGACGACAAAAAAACAAAUGGAAGGGGGGACAAGCAGCCGGGUCAGGAGGAAUUAGCAACCACCACACGCAAACCGAAGAAGAGGAAGGAGGGGCGUAACCUAUGAAUGAAGGAUUCGGACGGAAGCACGGACAGACGAGUGGGAGAGGGGUAAGGGGGGGCAUAUGGAUGUUUGUCUUUUCAGGAUGAACGAAGGACAGUCUUUUAGGUCGGGGAGAACGCAGCAUCACUGCUGCUUGCACUCCUCCGGGUUCACGCUCGCAGCGGAAGCGGGGGCGCCGCCGCGGCCCUUGGGUCCGCCACGGCGUCUUGCCGGCAACUCCUCCUCGCUGUCCGAGUCAUCGUCCUCAAACCGAUCCUCGUCAUCCUCAUCAUCGUCGAGAUCCUCAUAGUCGUCAUCAUCGUCUUCAUCGAGCAUGUCGUACUCGAGCGCCUUGCCAGUGAAGUAAUCGAUCGCGCGGGGGAUGAUCUUUUCUUUGAUGUCUUCGCCGAUCUGAUAAUCCAUCUCGAGUUUUUCCUCCAGUUCGUCGAGCUCCUCUUCCUCGAUGUCGCCGUUGUCGAUGGCAUCCUCGUUGGGUGGCACGGGUGGAGAGAAAAAGUUGAAGAAGGACUCGGUUGGGCGGGCCUUGCGGACCAGGCGGGUGCGAUUCGUGUUCUUGUUGCGCUGCUUCUUGAUCUCGAACUCCUUCGUGAGGUCCUGGUCC